AUGUCUGGCGAUUACGAGACAUUCGAAAACAUCUACCUUAAUCUUGGACAGCCGGGGAGAUGUCGGUUCGCCCCGAGCGGGAUGGGCUGGAAGCCUUCGAGCGGCGAUACCUGGACCCUCCAGAACACAGAGAUCAGCAGUGCACAGUGGUCCAGAGCCGCCCGAGGCUACGAAGUGAAGAUUUUUACGAGAACGAUGGGGAUUGUGCAGCUUGAUGGAUUUGAGUCGGAUGAUCUUGACAGAGUUAAAGAUACGUUGAAGACCUACUACAAGGUAAAUCUCGAGCACAGGGAACAUGCUCUCAAGGGAUGGAACUGGGGAAAGGCCGAAUUCUCAAAGCAGGAGCUUUACUUCAAUGUCGCCAACAAGCCAGCAUUCGAGAUUCCAUUCUCGGAGGUGUCAAACUCGAAUUUGGCCGGUAAAAACGAGGUUGCUGUGGAGUUCGCUACCGCCGAUGGAGGCACCGCAGCGACAAACGGGGAAGGUAAUAAGAAGAAGAAGAAGAGCUCACAGGGCCUAGAUCAGCUAGUCGAGAUGAGGUUCUAUGUUCCAGGAACAGUCAAGAAGGGAGAAGGCGAUGAGGGAAGCGAUGUGGAUGGAGAGGCCGGCGAGGAGAUGAGCGCUGCAAACUUGUUCUACGAUACCCUGAAGGAGAAGGCAGAUAUCGGAGAGGUUGCGGGAGAUACUUACGCCACCUUCCUGGAUAUUUUGUUCCUUACACCCAGAGGUCGUUACGAUAUCGACAUGUACGAGAACUCUUUCCGUCUUCGUGGCCGAACAUACGAUUACAAGAUUCAAUACGACAAUGUCAAGCAAUUCUUCCAACUACCUAAACCUGAUGAUGUUCAUCAGAUGAUUGUCAUUGGGUUGGACCCCCCUCUACGACAAGGUCAAACAAAAUACCCUUUCUUGGUGAUGCAGUUCAAACGGGAGGAGGAUAUGGAGUUCGAUUUGAACAUAACAGAGGAGGUUUUAAAGGAAAAAUACGACGGAAAGCUCCAGAUGCACUACGAGAACUCUGCGCACAACGUCGUGUCGCAAAUCUUCAGCGGUUUGACCGGAAAGAAGGUCAUCAGCCCAUCAAGGGAUUUCGUCAGUCAUCAUCAACAGUCUGGCGCAAAAUGUUCCCUCAAAGCCAACGAGGGGCAUUUGUUCUGUCUGGACAAGGCAUUCUUAUUCGUGCCCAAGCCUGCAGUUUUCGUUUCAUUUGACAGAGUUGCUUAUGUCACUAUGUCUCGUGUCGGGGGAUCUGUGUCGGCAUCUCGGACAUUCGAUGUUACGGUCACCCUCAAGCAAAGCGACGGUGGUGGAGAGUACCAGUUCAACAACAUCAAUCGUGAAGAGCAAUCAUCUCUUGAAGAUUUCUUUAAAACCAAGAACCUCCGUAUCAAAAACGAUCUCGUUGAUGAUUCAAGCGCUCUCCUCGCUGCUGCUCUCCAAGACGAUGACGACGACAUGGACGAGGAUGUUACCGUCGCCCGUGCUGACCGAGGCUCCGCUGAUGAGGAUGAAGAGUCUGUCGACGAAGAUUUCCAAGCCGAGUCUGAGUCUGAUGUUGCUGAAGAAUAUGAUUCCGCCCACGAAAGUAGCGGGUCGGAUGAUGAGGAAGGCGGCCCAGAAGCCGCCGCUGUUGGGGACGACGAUGACGAGGAGAUGGAAGAUGCACCGAGCGAGACAGAGGCGCCGGCCAAGAAGAAGGCAAAAACCACGAAUAAAAAUGUUCAAGUGCGGAACUAA